CUCCUGCCUCUGCGCCCCGCCUGGGAGGCGUACACGUGGUAGAUCCCAUCACCCCCGGAAGCCUCGCGUUACUCAAACACAUCGCGCGGUUUUGCGAGCUCUCAGGAAAGGGGCGGGAGAACGGAGGCCAGGAAGGCGAUUCGUGGAUCCCGCGGGCUUGGCUGCAGGGGACGAGCGCGCGUGCGCACUCGGCACCCUUUUCAGGAGUCAGGAGCCAGGAGCCGGCUGGGUUCUAGCGCUCGAGCGUUCCGGCGGUGUUCACCUUUCCUUCUUGGGGCCUGGGGGUCGCGAGAAGCGCCCUAUAUUCCGGCCGGUCGGCGCAACGCUUGAGUGCCCUGGCAGGGGAGCGGGCCGCGGCGCGUGGAGAGCACUGUGGACCGGAGAGAGUAGGGCACACAGCAUGGCCGAAAACCGAGAGCCCCGCGGAGCCGUCGAGGCUGAGCUGGACCCGGUGGAGUACACCCUGCGGAAGCGGCUCCCCCACCGCCUGCCCCGGAGGCCCAAUGACAUUUAUGUCAACAUGAAGACUGACUUCAAGGCCCAGCUGGCCCGCUGCCAGAAACUGCUGGAUGGAGGGGCUCGGGGUCAGAACGCAUGCAAUGAGAUCUACAUCCACGGCUUGGGCCUGGCCAUCAACCGCGCCAUCAACAUUGCCCUACAGCUGCAGGCUGGCAGCUUCGGGUCCUUGCAGGUGGCUGCCAAUACCUCCACCGUGGAGCUUGUCGAUGAACUGGAACCAGAGAUUGAUACGCGAGAGCCGCUGACCCGGAUCCGCAACAACUCGGCCAUCCACAUCCGUGUCUUCAGGGUCACACCCAAGUGAUUGAGAUGAGGCUGCCCCACCUUAUCCACCCACCCCCGUAAAGCUAGGCUCAGAUGUGGCUCUUCUUGUACUGAGUACUGUCCUGGACCUUCUUCCAGAGCCAUGUAGGAAAAAGCCUGUCCCCUCGCAGCCCAGAGGACUCUGAAUUGAGAGGGCAAAUACUGUCUUUUGUUGGGCCCAAGCAGUGGGGCCUCCUGAACCUUUGUGGUCUGUAACCAUUGUCGUAUACAAUAAAAAGUAUCAAGUUGUGUUGGUGCCCUGCCA